GUACUACACCUCAGAGGUACAUGUUGUACUUUAUACUGUACAUGUUGAUUUAUGUAUAUUGAUAUGUUAUAUUUUUAGAGAUACGAGGUUCUCACCGGACGGCAGCGCUACAAACAUGAUCUUCUAGAAUCUGAAGUAUUAAUGUAGAAUAAAGGAAACAGGAUAUGAAGCAGUAGCAUCAGAUAUACGUACCACAUGUUCUUCACAUGACUGCGUUGUCCUCUGAUGGACCCUCACUGUCUCAGGUGAUGAUCCAGAUCCUGAAGGACAUGGGGAUCACCGAGUACGAGCCCCGAGUCAUCAACCAGAUGUUGGAGUUCACCUACAGAUACGUGACGUCCAUCAUCGAGGACGCCAAGAUCUACGCCACGCACGCCAAGAAGUCCAGCGUGGACGCCGACGACAUCAAGCUGGCGAUCCAGUGUCGCAUGGACCAGUCGUUCACCUCGCCGCCGCCACGAGACUUCCUGUUGGAGGUUGCUAGGCAGAAGAACCUAACCCCCCUCCCUCUGAUCAAACCCUACACCGGACCCCGACUCCCUCCGGACCGCUACUGUCUGACUGCACCCAACUACAGACUGAAGACCGUCCAGAAGAAGGUGACGUCGGUCGGCAGGAUAUCGGUUCCUCGGCUCAGCGUCGGCACCGUGUCCAGCAGACCGGGCACGCCCACCCUCGGAGCCCCGUCGGUCCACUCCGUCAGCACUAAGGUGGGACCUCCGGUGUCUCUGACGGGUCAGAGGUUCACGGUUCAGAUCCCACCGCCCUCUCAGACGGCCGCCAGCAAAACCACGACGCCGUCCACGCCCGCCGUCUCCAACGUCCUCAUCAACCCGUCUCUGAUUGGCUCCAAGAACAUCCUCAUCACCACCAACAUGGUGACGCAGAACUCCAGCGACUCGCUGAAGAGGAAACACGAGGACGACGACGACUACGACGCUUUAUGACAGCGCGACUCACGACGGCUCUUUUUACAAAAACUAAAAACAUAAAUCACCUUUUUAAUAAUCCUGAGAAAUGAAAACAUUUUGACCCCGAUUACUGUCGACACCAGAACCUGAUCCAGCUCAUGAAGAACUGUUACUUUAGUUUUCUAGGACAUGUGUUGAACCGCAGCAGACUGCUGACGCUGGUUGUGGAUUCAAACUGAAAAUCUGAUGUUCCAGCGAUUUACAAUAAACUGCGUUAAAAUCAA